UUCAAUGGCUGUCCUCCUGCAGACACACUAAGGAUUUGUAAUCCACGCGUGGAAGAAUGAAUAAUACAAUACUGCAUGCACGGCUAUUUUAAUUACAUGUUUGGUUCAGUUACAAGCUAAAGUUACUCUCAAAUGUGGGAAAUUAUUUCCAGCUUUAAUCGACCUUGCACAAUAAUAUAACCUCCAGCGAAAGGAGACCUGCUGUCUGUCUGACAGCUCUCAAGUGCAUCUUAAUUUUUUUAAUAUAUGUGAGAUUUCUUCUACAUCCAAAUUUACUUUUUUAUUCCGUCUAGUGUCGUCGGAGCAACAUUUCGAGCUUACUUAAAAUAGUAAUUAUUUAAAGUGCAAUUUAACGCGACCCGCAGACGACUCGUCCUUGCAAUCUGAAUCCGGAUCGUCUUCUUUAUUAAAACAAAAGCACCGCAUUCACAUCUAGAUAUAAAAUUAAAUCUAGAUUUUUCUCUCGUUUUGUUAACAAUUUCAGGCUCAAAUACACAUGACGCCUGAAUGGGAGUGAAACUCUCCGACACGGAAGUGACUUACACACAUUAGACUGUGUGCUUUCUUACUGUUUUUAUAUUAGUUGCGUUCAUAUAAUUGGUUAUUAAAAUGAUUCCUGAUAAGGCACCAGGCGAUAACGUGUUACAUGCUUCAGAGGACUUGAAGAAAGAAGCGCACAUCCCCAGUUUUGAGAAAUACAAAGAGCUCUACAUCAACUCUGUCGAGUCUCCUGAGGAGUUCUGGGGAGAUGUCGCCAAAGAUUUUUUCUGGAAGACAAAAUACACUGGGAAGUUCCUGGACUACAAUUUCGACGUGACCAAGGGUGAGAUUUACGUGAAGUGCAUGGAAGGUGCCACAACCAACAUCUGCUAUAAUGUUUUGGACCGCAUCGUCCAUGAGAGGAAACUGGGUGACAGAGUGGCUUUUUACUGGGAGGGUAAUGACCCUGGAGAUGAGAAGACGGUGACCUACAGAGAAUUGCUCCAGCAAGUCUGCAAGUUUGCUAAUGUCCUCAAGUCACAAGGAGUGAAGAAAGGUGACCGUGUGUCUAUUUACAUGCCCAUGGUAGUGGAGCUUGUGGUGGCCAUGUUGGCCUGUGCUCGGAUUGGAGCGGUUCACUCUAUUGUGUUUGCUGGAUUCUCCGCCGAGUCCCUGUGUGAGAGGAUCAUGGACUCUCAGUGCUGUCUUCUUAUAACAGCCGAUGGGUUUUACCGCGGUGAUAAGCUGAUCAAUCUGAAGCUUAUAGCUGAUGAAGCACUACAGAAAUGCAGGGACAAGUCUUUCACUGUGGAGAAAUGUAUAAUGCUAAAACACCUCACAAAGGAAGACCAGGCCUCACCGCCGGGCUCGCUGUCACCCCCAGCGAAGCGCUCCUGUCCCGACCUGCAGCAGGAGAAACAGAAAAGAGUAAGGAAGGUCCGUCCCCCCCCACAGGUGCCGUGGAAUCCCGAGGUGGAUAUGUGUUGGCACACUCUGAUUGGUGGAGCGUCAGAGGAGUGUGAGCCUGUGUGGUGUGAUUCAGAGGACCCGCUCUUCAUCCUCUACACCAGUGGCUCUACUGGCAAACCUAAGGGUGUGUUGCAUACCGUGAGUGGCUACAUGCUCUACACUGCGGCCACCUUUAAGUUGGUGUUUGAUUAUCACUCUGAUGAUGUGUACUGGUGCACUGCGGACAUUGGUUGGAUCACCGGUCACUCAUACAUCACAUAUGGGCCGUUGGCCAAUGGCGCAACCAGUGUGUUGUUUGAGGGUCUUCCAACAUACCCGGAUGUGAGCCGAAUGUGGGAGAUUGUUGAUAAAUAUCAAGUCUCCAAGUUCUACACAGCACCCACCGCCAUCCGGCUACUGAUGAAGUAUGGCAGUGAGCCCGUUCAGAAGUAUAAGCGGACCUCCCUGAAGAUUCUGGGGACCGUAGGGGAGCCCAUAAACCCAGAAGCCUGGCAGUGGUACUACAGCGUGGUGGGAGAGAAGAGAUGUCCGGUGGUGGACACGUUCUGGCAGACUGAGACGGGUGGGCAUGUGAUGACCCCUCUGCCGGCCGCUACACCCCUGAAGCCUGGCUCUGCCACAUUUCCCUUUUUUGGGGUUGUACCUGCUAUUCUGAAUGAGUCGGGGGAGGAACUUGAAGGACCAAGUGAAGGCUAUCUGGUGUUUAAACAGCCUUGGCCAGGUGUGAUGAGAACCGUGUAUGGAAACCACCAGAGGUUCGAGACCACCUACUUCAAGAAAUUUCCUGGAUAUUACGUGACUGGAGACGGUUGUCGUAGAGAUAAAGACGGGUACUACUGGAUCACUGGAAGGAUAGAUGACAUGCUGAAUGUGUCUGGACACUUACUGAGCACUGCAGAGGUAGAGUCGGCUCUGGUGGAGCAUGAAGCCGUGGCGGAGGCAGCGGUUGUGGGGAGACCACACCCUGUCAAAGGCGAGAGUCUCUACUGUUUUGUCACCCUCAAUGACGGAAUCAACUACAACCCAAAGCUGGAGGCGGAGCUUAAAAAGCAAGUGAGAGAGAAGAUUGGUGCCAUAGCUACACCUGACUAUAUUCAGAAUGCGCCCAGCCUUCCAAAAACCAGAUCAGGUAAGAUUAUGCGUCGCGUCUUGAGGAAGAUAGCGUGUAAUGAACGGGAUUUAGGUGACGUGUCCACAUUAGCAGACAGCUCCGUCAUUGACCAGCUGUUUGAGAACCGCUGCUGUUCUGCUGUGUGACCACCAGGGGCAUCCAACACAACGCCACUGUCUGGCCACAAGCUUCACUUCUGGAAGGAAAAGGAUGAGUCUGAGCUUAGAAUGCUAGUGGGCAGACAGAAUAAAAAAAUAAAAGACUUAAUUAUCUUUAAGAAAACCUAAGGAUUGGGAGCGGCACAGUUUUAACCACUUUUUUUUUUACAAGAACCGCCUGUAUAUUAGAAAUCAUUGUUUCCCUCAAAUGUUUAUUUUUUAUUUGUUUAUAAUUUCCUCUUCCUUUUUUUCCCAUGUUCAGUUUAUUCAUUCAUCUUUAUAUGACUACACUGUCCAGCUUUCAAUGUGCCAACAUAACCUAAAACUGGUUAUCAUUUGUUUUGUUUUUAUCUCCUAAAACGGUAAAUAAGACUGUCAUGUCACAAUUGUUGUUGUCUACUCUGAAAUAGCACUGUUAAAUCUCUGCUUUGGUCGAAGGUUUAAUUUUUAACAUUUAACUUUCCUAACAAGCCAAAGCAUGCAUUAAUAUUUACCAGAAUAAUGUGGUAUCAUGCUGGUGUUUCAUUGUUAAAACAGAUCUAUGUACUGUAUGAUUUACCCUGGAACAGUUUGUGGCUUUGAAAGUGAUAUUAUAUUUCUCCAGGAAAGUUAUGAAAGAGCUUUGGUAUCAUUUUGGUCAGUUUUGGUCAAAUAUAGUAAAUGACAUUUCUGACCAUGAUGAUGUUGUUAUAGACAACACUUAGACAGUGUUGAAAUCUGCCAUUUUAUAUUGUGACGGUAUCUUCUUAUAAAAUGUUUUCUGGAGAAUAGUGAUCAAAUUCCUGCCGUUUCAUCGCUCUCAUGCACCACUACUGGAUUGUAUUUGUUAUUAUUGUCAGAUUAAUUUCUUCCUGCUUGGCAUUAAUUGUUUUUGUUUUGUUGGUUGAGUUUUGAAUUUCAUAGCUCUUGAUGUGGAUGAGUAUCAACUGUCAAUGGUUUUCUCAACCCACUAAACACUCACUAGUCCAUAUGAGGAGCAAUUGAACCUUUGAACUUUAGAUUGUUUUUUUUUUCCCUUUAUUUUUCUUUUUCAUUAAUUUCCUUGUAAUCAAUUCAUUUGUGCAGAGCAACAAACAGAAGGGUGAAUUAAAGUGCUGAAAUUUUGAAAUA